CAUAAAAACCAAUACUAGUGGUUCUAUAGCGAAGUGUAGUUUCACUUUCACGUACGAGGAAGAUAAAAAAAAAUGGAGAACGAAAGCUCAGAGACUAGGAACAGAGCUCGUCUUGCCAUUAUGGAGCUCGCUAACAUGAUCAGCGUUCCCAUGUCACUCAACGCCGCCGUGAGAUUAGGCAUUGCCGACGCCAUUUGGAACGGCGGAGCCAAUUCUCCCCUCUCAGCCGCCGAGAUCCUCCCUCGCCUCCUUCCAUCUGCCACUACUAUCGGCGGCGAUCCUGAGAAUCUUCAGCGUAUACUUCGGAUGCUCACUAGCUACGGUGUCUUUUCCGAACACCUUGUCGGAUCCAUCGAGAGGAAAUACACUCUUACGGACGUCGGAAAAACUCUUGUCACCGACUCAGGCGGCCUCUCUUACGCCGCCUAUGUCCUCCAACAUCACCAGGAGGCGUUGAUGCGAGCAUGGCCUCUAGUUCACACGGCGGUGGUGGAGCCGGAGACAGAACCGUACGUGAAAGCUAACGGCGAGGCGGCUUACGCUCAGUAUGGGAAAAGUGAAGAGAUGAACGGUCUGAUGCAAAAGGCAAUGUCUGGGGUAUCUGUUCCAUUCAUGAAAGCUAUAUUGGACGGCUACGAUGGGUUUAAAUCCGUGGAUAAUUUGGUUGACGUAGGAGGUAGUGCAGGAGAUUGUCUCCGUAUGAUCCUUAACCAAUUUCCUAACGUCCGUGAAGGGAUUAAUUUCGAUUUACCUGAAGUUGUUGCCAAAGCCCCCAAUAUUCCUGGAGUGACUCACGUGGGUGGGGAUAUGUUCCAAUCAGUUCCAAGCGCUGACGCAAUCUUCAUGAAGUGGGUGUUAACGACAUGGACGGAUGAAGAAUGCAAGCAGAUAAUGAAGAAUUGCUACAAGGCAUUACCGGUUGGAGGAAAGCUAAUUGCGUGUGAGCCUGUCUUGCCUAAGGAAACCGAUGAUAGCCACCGGACUCGUGCCUUGUUAGAAGGCGACAUCUUUGUCAUGACCAUCUAUAGAACCAAAGGUAAGCAUAGAACCGAAGAAGAGUUUAAAGAGCUUGGUCUCUCUGCGGGAUUCCCUACUUUUCGACCUUUCUACAUCGAUUACUUCUACACCAUCUUAGAGUUUCAGAAGUAGUACUGUUAAAGCAUUUAUCUUCUGAUAUUUCUAUAUUAAAUGCUUCGAAAUAAAUUAAUCAAAAGACCUAGCUCUUUGUUGAGAUCUCUAAUGAAUACAUUAAUAUUUU